CCUCACAGUGGUUCACACAAAUCUGCAACCAAGCAUUUCCUCUGUCUCAUCCACAUGGCUUCUCCCAACAAUUCUAUCAAAAUUCAUCAACACUGUUUUGUUGCUCCUUCAUCUUCAACCAACUUGUCUCUCCCUCUCACCUUCUUUGACCUCCUUCGCCUAAGGUACUAUCCAGUUGAGCGCAUCUUCUUCUACUCCCUUCCUCUUCCUCAUUCAAACCCAUCCUUUUUCUAUGAAAAAGUGGUUCCAAAGCUCAAAACCUCACUCUCUCUUAUCCUCCAACACUUCCUCCCUUUAGCUGGUAACAUCGUUUGGCCUUCUGAUUCCCAGAAACCCUUCAUCCAAUAUAACCCUGGUGAUGGUGUUUCCUUGGUCCUGGCAGAGUAUGAUGCAGAUUUCAAUCUUGUAUUGGACAAUUCACCCCGUGAAGCCAUAGAAUCUCGUUCUUUUGUACCCCAUUUGGAAUCAUCAGAUUCUCUUGCAUCUGUUAUCUCCCUACAGAUAACUCUGUUUCCAAACAGUGGAUUUUGCAUCGGCAUCAGCACCCACCAUGCUGUUCUUGAUGGAAAAUCUUCAACUAUGUUCACCACGGCCUGGGCUUCUCUAUGUAAAUCAGGUGAAGAAUCACCAUCUUUGGUGCGAGGGUUAGAGCCCUUCUUUGACAGGGAAGUCAUCAAAGAUCCAAAUGGCCUUGACUUUUUGUUCAUAAACAAUUCUGUUCAAGAAACCAAAAGGGAUAAACAGAAAUUUGCUUUUGCAUUUUCUAUGGAUUGCAGGGCUCGGUUAGAGCCUCCAAUCCCUGAGAACUAUGUUGGCAAUUGUGUAUCUUCUCAUAUAGUGGAUACACAGCAAGAUGACUUUAUAAAAGAAGAUGGGGUGGUCAUUGUUGCCGAGAAGAUUUACAGUAAAUUAAAAAUGUUGGAUAAGAGAGCUCUUGAUGGAGCUGAGACAUUGUCUCUGAGACUUUUGUCUAUGUUAAGUGAGGGAGUUGAAAUAAUUGGAGUUUCAGGGUCAACACGGUUUGGAGUUUAUGAGACAGACUUUGGUUGGGGAAGGCCUGCUAAGGUGGAGAUAACAUCACUCGAUAGAGGUUUAAACAUUGGCAUAGCUGAGAGCAAGGAUGGGAAGAGUGGUGUUGAAGUGGGACUUGUUUUGAAUAAGCAUGCGAUGGAUCUUUUUUUCAAGCAUUUUCUUCUAACAACACUUCCUCUGUUUCACAUGGCUCCUCACAAGAACAACAACAACAACAUCAAAAUUCAUGAGCACAACUAUGUUGCUCCUCCAUCAUCUGCAACCGAAACAUCUAUUCUUCUCACUGUCUUUGACAUGUUAUGGCUCAGGUUCCAUCCAGUUGAGCGUGUCUUCUUCUACUCCCUUAACGAUUCACACUCAUCAGACCCAUCUUUUUUGUUUGACAAAGUGGUUCCAAGACUCAAAACCUCACUCUCUCUCACCCUCCAACACUUUCUCCCUCUAGCUGGCAACAUCGUUUGGCCUUCUGAUUCGGAAAAACCCAUCAUCAAAUACACCCCCGGUGAUGGUGUUUCAAUGGUCAUUGCAGAGUCUGAUGCUGACUUCAACCAUAUCAUGGAUAAUUCACCCCAUGAAUUGGUAAAGUCUCGUUCUUUAGUACCCCACUUGGAAUCAUCAGAUUCUCUUGCUUCUGUUAUCUCUCUACAAAUAACUCUGUUUCCAAACAGUGGAUUUAGCAUCGGUAUCAGCACCCACCAUGCUGUUCUUGAUGGGAAAUCUUCAACUAUGUUCAUCAAGGCAUGGGCUUCUCUAUGUCAAAACUGUGAAGAAUCACCAUCUCUGGUGCAAGAGUUAGUGCCCUUCUUAAACAGGGAAGUCAUCAAAGAUCCAAGUGAACUUAGCAUCACGUUCACAAAUAAUUGGACAGAAACCUUAACCGAAAUGUUCCCUAAAGAUAACAGUGAUGGGCGAUGCUUGAAGAUUCUACCAUUCCAACCAAAACUGGAGGACACAGUUCGAGCAACGUUCGAGCUCACACGAGGAGAUUUGGAGAAGCUAAAGGCAGGGGUAUUAUCCAAGUGGGACAUGGUGGAAGAAGGAGCACAAUUAUCAAAGCCACAUACUUUAUCAUCCUUUGUUCUCACAUGUGCAUAUGUUUCUGUCUGCAUUGCUAAAGCUAUUCAAGGAGUUGAAAAGGACAAAGAUAAAUUCGCUUUUGCAUUCGCGGUGGAUUGCAGGGCAAGAUUAGAGCCUCCAAUCCCUGAGAACUAUUUUGGUAACUGUGUGUGGGGUCAUUUCAUUGAUACACAACCAAGGGAUUAUACAAAGGAAGAUGGGUUCGUCAUUGUUGCUAAGUGCAUUCAUAAUAAAAUAAAAAGCUUUGAUAAGGGAGUUUUUGGAGGAACCGGGGAUGCUUUUUCUAGAUUGAAGGCUUUGAAAAGUGAGGGAGUUGAAUUGAUGGGACUAGCAGGGUCAAAUCGAUUUGGUGUUUAUGGUACUGAUUUUGGUUGGGGAAGGCCUGCAAAGGUGGAGAUAAUAUCAGUGGAUAGAGGUUUAACCUUUGGCUUGGCAGAGAGUAAGGAUGGGAAAUGUGGGGUUGAAGUUGGGCUUGUUCUGAAUAAAAAUGUUAUGGAACACUUCAACACUUUAUUUCAUGGAGGACUACGCGUUGAUUGA